AUGUCCUCUUCUGUUCAGCGACCUCUACUCGGCGGACAGCCGCGUACUAGAUCUACUCGCAUCUUCCAGCGGUACUUCACUUUGCCUGAGGUAGACGAACCCCGCAUCGAGCAGUGCAGAAGAUCCGCCCGCAAUUUUCUCAGUUCGCGAUGGGGUCAUUACCUCAUUCUCUUGCUGGUCGCAGUCGAUGUCUGCUGUACUUUCGCCGAUUUUCUCAUUCAGCUCCAUGUCUGUGAAUUAAAGCAGACUAGUUUUGGUGCCGAUAAUGGGUGGGAAGUCACCCAAGAGGUUCUGAGUAUCUCGAGCUUGGUGAUCUCAUGCCUGUUCAUGGGGGAGUUGGUUGUUGCCGCUCUCAGUUUUGGAAUGAAGUACUUCUCGGACUGGUUCCAUGUUUUCGAUUCUCUGGUUAUUAUUGUCGCCUUCACCAUUGAGGUUUCUCUUCGUGGAAUAGGUGAAGAACUGGGAUCCCUGGUCAUUGUCUUGCGUCUCUGGCGCGUGUUUCAGAUCAUCGAAGAGCUGAGCUCUGCAAGUGAGGAUUCACUCGAACAAUAUGAACAGGAGAUUGAAAGACUCAAAGUGGAGAACAGCGAUCUCCGAGACAGACUGGCUUUGACUGAGAAUUUCUAA